AUGGCCCAUCAGAAGCGAUACCUUGAAGGUGCUGCUAUCAUAGGAGAAUUCAAAAGACCCCGGGUCAUUAGGAGAAGAGAGUGGAUGUUUGAAAGACUCCCAUCGAGUACAACAAAACGUCUUAUGCAGGAGAUUAGAGGGUAUGCUUAUUUGUAUAACUGUCCACAAGCUUUUGUUUUCGACUCGGGGAGCCUAGUACUCUUACAGUUCCGUGCCAAGGAUGCAGAGAAUAUUCGUGACCAAAUGUGUCCUGUUGAUAUUUGUAUCAUCCCACGGGAAGAGCCUAGACACGGCGACCAGUGCACGAUGGCAGAAGGCCUGCGCGCACUCGCUUUGAAGGGUUUCACUCGUCUUUGUGCAACUGGAGACUCUGCGUCCACAAAUCCAGGGAAUAAUAUACGGAUACCAACUGAAUUGAACCUCGCUGGGUUUGACCGUCAUUACGAGUUCUGGUCUGGUCGGCCUUUAUGGGUAGAGCGUCGUACCCGAGAGAGACGUUUUGAACAUCCUUAUGGAUAUUCGCGCGACCUUAGGUUUGUGAGGACUAGGGAUAAUGGCCGUGGUCCGGAAUUCAAGGGAUACUGGUCGUGGUUUGACCUUGAUCGCCAUCUUGUUGUUGAUGAUACAACAAAUUGUUUCCUUUCUUGA